AUGGAAUCUGCUCACACAACAUCCAAAACCAGCGUUUCUGACAGGAUAAAUGGUGCCCUGGCCACUCUCAGGAGUGAAAUGCUUGACCUCAGACAACAAGAUGUUCAGUUGAUGAAGCAGCUCAUGUGUAUCAAUGAUAACAUCCAGACGCUAUCAAAAAGAAGGAGCUCUAACACACCAUUAAGGAAGAAGCUGGCUCUGGUCAAUGGUAGAAUGAUUUUCGUAAAUGUCGAUGAGUUCACCACUAAAAGACAAAACCGAAGUUCCCUGUCCCGAACUCUUACUGGAUCUGUGUCCAGCAUUGAAGAAACCUCAAGCUCCACAGAAGACCUCAGUUCAUUGGAUUCGGAUAGUGAUGACAGUUUGUGUGGAACCAUGCAUAACCAUUAG